AUGGAUAAAGGACGCUCAGGUCUUAAUGCUAAUGAUUGGGAUAAAAUUCAUGGCAGGUCCCAUCUUAAACAUCCAAAGCUUACAAGAGAUCAAUUAGAGUACACCAUUCUCCAAAUGAGAACUCGAUCACCUCAUAGAAAUCUCACAACAACACUAUCAAUUGAUUCCGAAGUUGAUGCUCUUUUUCCAUCCUCCAAUAAUGAAGUUGAGCUGACUCUAAUUAAUGACGAACCUCCUAUCAACAAAUCUCCACCUGAAAAUGAUACUAAGAUCGUUUUAAAAUAUAAUAAUGCCAUUGUUGCUGCUCUUUGCACUCUAAUUGCCUUUCCCUUCCUGGUUCCUUCUACAUCUAAAUUCCUACGUGACCUUGGACUGAUGACUUUCUCUAAAGAUAUGAAUAUUGAAGAUCAAGUUGGUGAUCCAGACAAUCAAGAUCAAGGUAUUCAUGCUUCUCAAGAUUUUCAAGAUGUUGAUGUUAAUAGAAAUUUUGAAAGCUCUUCCUCAGAUAUUAGAUCCGCAGAUGAAAAAGUAGUUGAUCCAUUCACACUCUUGGAAAUCUAA